CUUUUUCUUAUUCUGUGUAAUCUUUCUUUCUUUCUCCAAUGUCUCUUCUUGCCUUUCCCUCUUCUUAUUAUGGAAUUGGGUUUUGUUUUAUAAUUCUGUAUUUGAUUCAGGUUUUUACCCAAACAGCUUCAUCAGCUCUACUGGUAGGAUUGAAGAACCACCAUAUGACCCAUCAUUUCAGGAAAUCACAACCCAUUGAAGCCAAUAAAACCACCUGCAACUUGUUCGUCGGGAGCUGGGUUCGUGAUGAUUCUUACCUAACCUAUGACUCUUCCUCAUGUCCUAUCAUUGACCCAGGUUUCAAUUGCCAGAUGAAUGGUCGACCUGAUACAGAUUAUCUCAGAUAUCGAUGGAAACCCAUGAAUUGUGAGCUCCCCAGGUUCAGUGGGCUUGAUUUUCUGAUGAAGAUGAGAGGGAAGACUGUGAUGUUCGUGGGUGAUUCACUGGGUCGUAACCAAUGGGAGUCUUUGAUUUGUAUGAUUUCCAUUUCGGUGCCACAGUCACCUACCCAAUUGCUCAGGGCAGAUCCUCUGUACACGUUCAAGUUCUUGGAAUACGGAGUGUCGGUGUUGUUCUAUAGAGCACCGUAUUUGGUGGAUAUAGAUAUGGUUCAAGGGAAGCGAAUUCUGCGGUUGGAGGAUAUCUCAGGCAAUGCUAAUACUUGGAGAGGUGUUGAUGUCUUGUCGUUUAAUUCUGGCCACUGGUGGCUUCACAAGGGUUCUCUUCAAGGGUGGGACUACAUGGAAUCAGGAGGGACAUUGUAUCAAGAUAUGGACCGGUUUGUGGCAUUUGAGAGGGGAUUGAGAACAUGGGCUAGCUGGGUUGACACCAAUAUUGAUCCAACCAAGACCCGGGUCUUCUUCCAGGGCAUCUCUCCUACACAUUAUAAUCCAAGUGAAUGGAACAGUGGUGGUGCUCCAUCGGCUUCGAAGAAUUGUUACGGUGAGACGAUGCCGCUGAGUGGUGGAACGUAUCCGGGGCCAUAUCCGGAUCAAAUGAAGGUGGUUCAGGGUGUAUUGGGAGAUAUGCAAACCCCAGUGAAUCUGCUAGACAUCACGAUGUUGUCUCUGCUUAGAAAAGAUGGGCACCCAUCCAUCUAUAGUCCAGACCACACCACAGACUGUAGUCAUUGGUGCCUACCAGGCCUACCUGAUACUUGGAACCAACUUUUCUACACAUCUUUGUUCUUUUAAUGCAAUAGUUCUUAAUUCUUUCUAUUUCUGU